CCCCUCUUUGUUUUUGUUUAUAAAUAAGAGGUCAGGUCAAGUCGGUUCAAGGGUCAAACGAUUACGAAUCGUUUCAUCAUUUGAAAAUCUCCACGAAAGAAGAUUAAGUUGCGGCUGGCAAUUGUGUUUAGCAAAAAAAAAAAUUAGCACUAUACUAAAACUUAGUGUGACCAUGAUGCAUUCCAUUAGACACAUUAAGCAUCUUAACAAACUAAGUGAACAUUUGACUAAAGUACAUCUAAGUUGGAUUAGUUUGAGUCGAUCGUUUUUUAUGAAAAGUGACCCACCAACAACAGAGAAGACUGGCCCAACAAGCACAACUACUACUAGUACUAGCAACAAAAAGGUUGACGUUGCUAAGUCUCAGAAUCUCAAAGAAAGACCCCCUGUCCCUGCUGUCAAAGAAAAUGAGUAAGUGUAAGUGAUAAUCUUAGCCCAUACCUGGCAUGGUAAUGAGUUUUAAAAUUUUUAAAUGAUCAUGAGAUAGGACGAAGAAGGUAUAGUUAAGUAUAGUACUAACUAGUACCUAGUACUUUUAUAGUGGUAUUUGAAUUUGGUAUAGUAUAAGUAGUAUAAGUAAGUAUAUGGUAUGUAGUAUAGUAUACUCUGUGACUGUUAACUUAACUGUAUAACUAUGACUAUACAGUAUUCAGUAUAUUGUAGGCUUAGUCAGUGGAGUAGCAAAGGGGGUGCAGACCGCACCCGGUGAUACCAUUCCUGGGGUUGACACCAAAUGGAAAAAACUGUUGGGUCUAAUCGAAUUUAAUGUUAAAGAGAAACCGAUCACACUUAAAUUUUUCACACAUUUAACCAGUCUAAAUGUGUGAUUUAUUUAGAAUUCAACCAUGAUGCGUUAGAAAUGAGAUGACCCUAUAAUUAGGUAAGAAAAACACAGUUUUUAUCAGGUAACUUGACUUAACACCGCUUGAAGUGUUUGGCAACUUUCGUAAGUGAUAGGAAGCUAUAUAGCCUAUAUAUCUAAUUUCUGAGAAAUAAAGCUUUCCAUUGAUAUCAAAUAUGAUGUAGUCAGGUGAUUCUAAGUUCAUGAAUCAAAUCGGUGAAAAUUAAAAACAUUUGAAAAAUGACUUUUUACUCAUCUAUAGGGUUUACGAAAUGAAAUUUCGUAAACCCUAUACUUAUAUCUUUACUAGUUAAUUUAAAUGUAUUUUAAAAAAUUCUUUAAAAAAAUGGUUUUUGAAAUCUAAUAUAUCAAUUUACCAGAAAUAUUCAAAACAUGUUCGUCCAUUCGUCACAAGAUCUGCCCUUUAAUAUUUGAGGAUGAUUGUCAUACAGCUCAAUGUCUUUUACAUGCUGCCUGCAAUUUCACGUUUAUUUGCUACCUUUAUCUUUGGGAUGAUCUACUUGAGGAAGGUAAUCUUGCACAGCAGUAUCUGCAGACUAAAGGUUUUACUCUUGAAAAAGUGGUGACCAUCCUAGAGGUCUUAAGAUUGUUUCUGCACGAGAAGCACUGUCACUUAGUGGAACAUGCUAUUAAAAAGUCACUUUUAACAUCAGACCAAUAUGAAAUUUCAGUAGAGAGAAUAUUAAGGUUUAAGAAAGGAGAUACUGGAGUGGAUUGGUUACUUUCAUUCUACACCCCAGAUCAGAUUAUCAACGAUCAAUGAAGUAGAAGAUAUGUUUUGGUCUGUUCAACCUAAGGGUCUACUCUCAGCAAAGGAAAAGAGUUAUUGGUGUCCGUUCCAAAAUGAAUCUCUUUCUAUGAUGAGUUAUCAGAAGAUGAACUUUUAAAAGAAAUACCAAUGCUUAGAAGACACCUACAGGCAGCUGAUAUUAAUCUUUACAACAUCAUGUACUAGUCAGUGUUUGAUGUUUUGAAAUUCAUAGCUGAAUGGGACAUCCUAAAAUCUCUUCCAUUACUCUCGCUAAGCCUUCAAUUGUUUCUGUGUGUUUGACUUUAUGUGAGCUGAGCUUUCCAAAACUAAGACUUAUCAAGAACUAUUUAGGAUCCACCAUGGAACAGUCAAGGAUUUCUGAUCCGUCUCUAGUAUCAUUUGAAAGUGAUAUGGUGAAGGAUACUGAUUUUGAUCAAGUGUUUGAAUGAAAAGUUUGCAGCUUUGAAGUCCAGGAAAGGAAAAUGUUAAGGAAAGUAAAUUUAAUGUAAAAAUAACUAAAACUUAACAUUACAGUUCUUAAAUAAAUUUAACGCCUGACCUUUAAUUAAUUUGUUUUUCUUGUCAUAGUUAUAAUGUAAAAUUAUUUUAACAAGAAGAAAUCAGUCGUUGCGGGUGACAUCAUGAGCUCGAUCUUGUGGCAUGGGGCGGGUGAGUCACCUCACCAUACCCUUGCCCCAAGAGCUCGAUCUAAGAAAUAUAGCUUUCCAUUUAUACCAAAUGUGAUGUGGUUGGGCGAUUCUGAGUACAUGAAUUGAUUGAUGAGUGUAUUGAUCGCUUUCAUUCUGAAGCCCAGAUCAGAUCAUCAGCGAUCUAGGAAGUAGCAUAUAUGUUUGGGGGUGUUCAAUCCAAGGGUCUACAAUCAACAAGUGAAGAAGAGUUAUUGGCGUCCGUUCCAAAAUUAACCUCUUACUAUGAUGAGUUAUCAAAAUAUGAACUUUUAAAAGAAAUACCAAGGCGUAGAAGACAGCUGAUAUUAAUUUUUACAACGUCAUGUACUAGUCAUUGUUAAGGUAGUAAGUAAAACAAAGUAAGGUUAAGCCUGAAAAAAGGAACACAACAAAACAAUGAACAUGUCGACAGGAAGCCUUCGUCAGGGAACAAACAACAAAAAAACCAGAAUAAAAUGUAUAAAAAAUAUAGCGCUUAGCUGAAACGUAGUGUCCGAGAGGGAAGAAAAAGAAUUGUGACAGAGAAUAAGUGGAUGAGAGAUUAAAUAGAGAAGAGGUAAAGAAAGGAGGAGAAGAUGGUCCACUGCGAUAGGUCAUGACAUGGAGGGGCGGAGCUAGGCUCAAGCUGUGAAAAGAGACAUGAUGUUCAUCCCAUGUGGUGUCAAAGUGCCAUAGGCCAGGAUAAGCUUGUGUUCCAAAUUAACCCGGCUGGGUGUGUUCAUGCUAGUCAUGAUUGCGCUUAUUGUAAAGUCCACCUUGCCCUGGUGGUUGCUUCUAUUGAAGUGGUUAGAGACGGGACAAUGCUUAACUUGCAUGAUAUUAUGGAUGUGUUAGUACACCUGUCAGAUAGUCGGCGCCCUGUCUCUCCUAUGUACGUCAUCUGGCAGCGGGUGCAAACAAUGGUGUAGACAACAUUGCAGCUAGUACAAAAGAAGCUGUCGCAUAUCUAAAAUCUGCUCUUAGGGAAGUGUAUGUGUUUAGUCUGGACGACAAAAGGGCAAGUGUUGCAACUGCUGCGUCGGCAUGGCUUGGUCCAAAAGGGGGAGGGUGCAGCGUUAAUGCGACUGCACACAAGGGUGAGUAAUAAAAAUCUGAGAGACCUCCUUGAUGUUUUAAAAUUGAUAGCUGAAUGGGACUUCUUAGAAUCUCUUCCAAUACACUCGCUAAGCCUUCAAUUGUUUCUUACGAUCUGUGUUUCUGUGGCUUCAUGUGAGCUGAGCUUUUCAAAACUAAGGCUUAUCAAGAACUUUUUACGAUCCCCAUGGGACAGUCAAUGAUUUCUAGCCUAGCUCUACUCUCAAUUGAAAGUGAUACAGUGAAGGAUAUUGAUUAUGAUCAAGUGAUUUACAGGUUUGCAACUUUGAAGAACAGGAAAGGAAAAUUUUAAAUAAAUUAAAUUUUAUGAAAAAUAACUAUACUUAACGUUGUUAUAGUUCUUAAAUACAUUUAGCUUCCUUAGCUCAAGAAGAAAUCCAUUGUAGAAGUUGGGGGGAGGGGGGGUGACACCAUGAGUUUACUGCACCGGGUGACACCAACCCUAGCUAUGCCACUGGGCUUAGUAGUAUACUUAUACUGCAUUAAUUAUUUUUUAGGGCAUAGGCCUGGCCUACAUAAUAUAAAUAAACACAUUGUCAUUAUGACUGAAGUUUUCAUUCAAGAUUGCAUCUUUGACACUGAAAAAAAAAAUGAUGAGAGGGUCGCAAGGGGGGGAAGGGGGCUGUGAUCAGGUUAGGUAAAAGAAAUUAAGUAGCUCAAUCCUACCAGACACAAGGUAAGGAAAACCUUAAAAAAGACCAAACAAAACAAGCGACUUGUUGGCAUGAAGCCGCUUACUUUCAGCAAACAAAAACAAGGAAAAAAAUAAAGUAACUUUUUAGAACAGCGGUCCCAAAUUCAAAAUAGAAUACUAUUCAAUAGAAAGUUUCCUGGCUACCAGCCUAAUAGCCGCCGAUAAUUGGUGGCUUAAAUGUAUUCUUUUUUUUUUUUAAGAUCGUGAUCUUGAUCAGCCUAUUCGCUCCUCAUCAUCAGCCUCUUCGCUCAUCAUCAUCCCCAUUUCCUGAAAUAAAAUAAGAAAAAGAAUGAAAAAUGCAAGAGAGAAACAAAGUUAUCUCUAUUGAAUUGCUGUUUUAUAUUAAGACAGUGUUCAGCAAGCCACACUAACCAAAGCAUACAGUGCAUUCGGUAUUGUGUCAUAAGUUUGUAGAUUGUUUCCUGACAAAACAUUAUUUGAAAUAUGAACCGGCGCUUGUGGUCUGCCGGCCAUGGGAUUGUUUAUUUUAAACUAUUACAAGCAAUAAUUAGUCUGCAAACAAAAUUUGAAGUAAAAAAUUACAUCCCCAAUUAUUGGCGGCUAUUACUCUGGGCUAGAGCUGGAUACUUUCUAACGAAAAGUUUUCCAUUUUUAAUUUGGGACCGCCGUUCUGAGGAGUGCCAAAAUAAAUAAAAUAGAUUAUCUAAUACUGUGUAGAGCUAUUUUAGAUCAGUUAUUUUGUUGUUCCCUUUUUUUUUUUUUGUUAGCUGAAUAAAGUAUUUUACAGACAGCUCCUUUGUUUGUUUUCAGGUUUUCUCCAUGGUCCUCUUUUUUAUUUAAUUUUUUUUAAAUUUGAUUUUUAUUUGUUGGUCAAUUGGCCUUGAAGCUGCAAAAUUUAAAAAAUUACUAUUUGUCUAUCAAAAAUAUAGUUUGAAUAUCUAUAAUUGAUAAUUAUGGCUGGUAUCAUCAUUAAAUGUUGAUUUAGCCAAUAUUAGCCUUAGGCAUGACACCUGAAUAUCAAAAUUAUCAUUAAUGGGCCCUAUCACCAGUCCAGCAAGUAAUAAGAUGUGAAAAUACCAACAGAGAACACUAUGUAAACCCAAGGUCGUACCACUUGGACUGAUCUCCUCUGAAAUUCUAGGCGUUCAGCUUUCUUGCCUCUCUUCGUCUGCCUUAAAAUUGGCAUUACAGUUUUAUAACAUGAAGAUUUUUUUUUAAAUAGCUUACAUCUUUAAUAAAUGUUUUACCAGUUCCGUUUUCAUUGGUGCAUGUUACACAAUUCUUGUUUUCUUUUUCACUUACUGUUGCAGGCAUCUUGUUGGACGAGAUUUUCUAAGCUUGAAGAACUUCAGCGCUGAUGAUAUCAAACAAUUUUUGUGGACAGCAAAAGAUUUGAAAACACGAAUGAAAGACAAUGGAGAAGUGAGUUACACUAUUUGGAAACCUCACAGGUUAUUCAUAACAUUGAUUAUUGUCAUAUCUUGGCCAGCAGAAAAGAGCACUCACUACACUGUUCAUAAUUUCUAGAUAAUGUUCAUUGGUGAACUAUCUAUUAAAUCUAUUAAAAAAUAUUUUUGUAAACUUUUAAACAAGACUUUCUAUCAAAUAUCAUCAUCAUAAUCAGUGGCCCUACAGCCCAUUUAGGGCCCUGGCCUGCUCCACCACAUCUUUCCAUUCAGAUGGAUCUAUGGCUUUUCACCUCCAUGCGCAUACCCCCAGCAUGUGUAAGUCCUUCUCUAUAUAGUUGAUCCGUUUCAUUCUUGGUCGAUAGGUGAACCGUCUGCCCCUAGUUUUCUGCCUGUAGAUCACUUUUGCUGCUCUACAACUCAGUGUCCUCUCAAAGUGUCAUGUCCAGCGCAGUUAGCCUUUCUUUGUUGUUGCGACUAUAAUUGGGUCUUUGUACACUUGGUAUAUCUCUUGGAUUCUCCAACCAUCAUCGUCUAUCACUGUACCAUAUAUGAGGAUUUUCUAUGUAUUGAGCAAGUUCUCUGCUUAUCUGGUAAGGACCCAAGUCUCACUUGCAAAAGUUUCGCAUGUCUUAUGAUAGUGGAUCAUAUUGCCUCUUUGUUCCCCUUGAAAGGUUUGGCUUCCUAGCAGCUUUUGUAGGCUGAAAUAAGAACAAUUUUGCCUGCUGUUAUCGUUCCUUUCACCUCUGAAAUUAUUUCAUUGUGCUCAUUUAUAGUCACCUCUAGAUAUUUGAAAGUAGCCACUCUUUCAAAGGUGUGGUUGUUCAUAUUGAUGUUAUCAUCAGUAUGUGUGUUUCUUGCAUUUAUCAUAUAUUUUGUCUUUGCUUUAUUUACCUCUAGACUAGCUUUGAAAGAUGCAUAUUCAAGUUCCCUCAAUGCUUUAAUUAUAUCAUUCCUGUUUCUGCUCAGUAGUGCUGUGUUGUCCGCGUAUGCCUGGUACUGCAAUGAUUGGCUAUAUAAAGUUCCUGAUGGUAGUUGUUCUGUAAUACCUCUCUGGAAGUAGUUUGUAAUUGUUCCACUGGUGUUCACAUGCAUGUUUUCAAUGACUUUUUCUAACGACAUGUUGAACAGGAUACAUGAUAGUGAAUCUCCUUGUAUGAGGCCCUGAUUAUUUGGGAACUCCCUCGAGUACUCUCCCUGUACUUUGAUCUACUUUUAGAGUUAGCCAUCCUCAUAUGUAUGAGCCGGGUAAGUUUGUUAGGGACCCCAAGAUCCUUUGGAGCAUUGUACAGGUAUUUCCUGUCUAUGCUAACAUAGUAGUCCACAUAUAGUUGGUGUAUGUUGAUGUACUUUCUAUCAAAGACAAGUUUAAAUGCACUAAAAAGUAGAAAGUAAUUAAACAUUUCUUAAAUGCAUUAUACAAUAUGGAUGGGCCAGAACAUUUUCUUACAUCAAAUAUAAUGGUUGGAAUAAUUGAAUAGUUCUAUUACUUAUCAACAAUGAAAAUGAUUUCAUUUUUUUUUAAUUGGUAAGUCAUUUUAAUUUUAAAAUGUAUAGUUUUUGUGGAAACCCAUUGAAAUUAAUCAAAUGUAUUUAUGCUGCAGAAUAAUAGUGAAUUAAACGUUGGGUUUUUUUCAGUUCUUAAAACAAUAAUUUAUUUUAUUGAGCUCUCAUUUUCAUUUUUCACAUAUUAAUUAGAAACUAUAACUUUUCAUCACUAAAGAGUGAUUUUGUUUCUUCUUAUCAGAAAAAUAAUUUGGUAGCUGUCUGAUUCAUUUCAGUGUGGAAGACAUUUCAUGACAUACUUUUAAAUAUUUACUUUAUAAACUUGUUAUUCCUUAUUUAAUAAUUAGUUUUUUUUUUAAUGCACAUUUUUAUUUUUAUACCUCUUAUGUUUACAUUUCUUUAUUUAUAAAUAGAUAUUCCAACCAUUGAAAGGAAAGACAGCAGCUUUGAUAUUUCAGAAGCGGAGUACCCGUACCAGAUUAUCAACAGAAUUAGGUUAAGGAAGAAUCAAAUUUUCUCACAUAAUAUUUUACAAUUAUUAUUGUACUAUAAAUGUAAUGCUCAUAAAUUUUUUUAUUUUGAUAACACAAGAAAUACCACAGCUUUGAGUUGCAUUAUUUUUGCUAAAAAAAAUAACAAUCCCCCUAAAAGAUUAUCUACAGUUAUUAUUGAAACAUGGUAUAAUUUUUUUUAAUAAUUGUGUUCUUUCUCAGGUAUUGCAAAGCUAGGAGGUCAUGCAUGUUUCCUUGGACCUGAUGACAUUCACCUUGGUGUGAAUGAAAGUGUAAAGGACACUUCCAGGUAAGUGUAAGCCUUAAAUGACAACCGGUUGUCUUGAAAUUUCUAAAUUUUUUCUUUUAAAAGUACAUUUUUUCUUAAAUGAUUUUUGUUUGGAGCUGGAUGCUAACAUUUAUAUAAGAACUAGCUAACUAGACAAUAAUGCUUAAAUUUACCGGACCUGUUAAAAAACCAGACAAAUCGUAAGGAAAAAGAACAUUUAUGACAACUGACAAAUAAAUAUAUUGAAAUUAUUUGCUCUCAUAAUUCAAUUUGCAAUAGUUUAGACCAUGUCUGGUGGUUACUUUGAUAAAGCAAUGGAUUGGAACUUUUCAUAUAAUUAAGACCAUCAUUUAUGAAAUGUCAGAGUUCAAAAAGACAAUGUAACACUUAUAAUUGAGUGUUUAUUUUUUCAGAUCAAAACUGGAAUUUAAAUCACAUUCGGUUUAAGUUGUAACGUAUCAAAGUUUUUGAAUUUAAAAAAAAAAUAAAAUAAGAAAACAAACAUGAGCCAUUAUUAUAUAUAAUAUAUAUUUAUUUGUUUUUGUUUUUUUUUACUUAAUAUUUUAGAGCAUAUUCAUUUACAAAUUUACAUUUGAUUUGCUAGAUACAAUAAUAUAUUUUAAAAGCUUAUAAUCAUAUUUUAUUAUUUUCUCAUAUUUAGGGUGCUGGCUGGCAUGGCUGAUGUAAUUCUGGCAAGGGUUUAUGAUCAUGAAAAUAUACUUGAUAUGGCUAAUGAAGCUAAUAUCCCAGUUAUAAAUGGCUUAUCAGACUUGUUACACCCACUCCAGAUUCUGGCAGACUUCAUGACAUUGCAGGUUUGUAUAUUUAUUUUGUCUCUGUAAUGGAGAAAAACAUAAAAACAUUUGGGCUUAUUGCAAUGCAUUUAUGUUUUGUGACACAGAUUCAAACAAAUAUACAGUUUUGCAUCAAUUGAUUACUAUCACAUUUCCUUCAAACUUUAUUUUCAGUUUUCUCAAAAGUGUCAAAAUCUGACAUCACUAGUUUUUCCCUUAAGCCCUUCAUAUAUUAGGCUUUGGCCCUAAUAGCCUAUUAAUUAUUAUUGACUUAAAUUAUUAAAUUAGGCAUAGCCUAAAAUUUAGGCUUUAUUUAGUGUAUGAGACUCAUUCUCAUUUUGUUAAUGCACAUCAUGUACAUAAAGAAAUUUCAAGCAAAUGUUAAUAUAUUGCCGGCGCACUGGUUUUCGUUUAUCUCGAUCAUCGGUUAUCUCAACGCUUUUUGGCAAAGCCCCAGGCCGUCGACAUAACCGGGUUUUACUGUGCUUAGGUUAAAGGAAAAUCAUUCUAUAGAAAAGAGUGUGCUUCCUAUUUUUAUUUUUGCCUGUGUGUAAACUUGCUUUUAUCGGAGCUUGUGUGAUGCUGAAUCAGGAGUGAAAUUUGCUCAAUUUCUUUGACUGCCAUUAUGUCUGAUACGGAAGAGGGUUUUGCAAAAUAAAAAACAGACUUUCUUUAUUGAAAUUAAUUAAAAUGAUGAUUUUAGAUAUAUUCCAUGUGAUAUUAAUGAAAGUAUUAGCAUCAGUGGCAACUAUGGAGUCAGAUAUUGACAAUUUUAGCCCCAAUUGUCAUAAUGUUCCAAUCAAAUUUUUUUGGGAAAGGGUGGAAAUUGAACAUAAAAGACAAAAAUUGGAUCCCUAAGACCUAUUCUAAAGAGAUUCAUAGACAUAUACCUUGAUGUAUUUUCUGGAGUGUUACUCAAUAAAAAAAAUAAUGAAUUAAAUAACUUAAAUGAAAAUAAUUUUUAAAACUCAUUUUUUGUAUUUUUUAUGGCAUAACUAUGAAGGUGAUGGAUAAAAAAAAAAAUCAACAAAAUUAACUUUUUUAAAAGUACCUAUAACUUGAUAUUUUCUGAAAGGAUAUUUCUUUUAAUGUAUAAAAAAAGCAGAUGUAAUUGUUUUCAGGACUGUAUGUAUAUUGUGAUUGCAUGUUGUUUGAAGAGUAUUUGGGUAGAUGUUGCUAUUAAAUGCUUAGUAUUUGGAGACUAUUUUAUGUUCGGGGAAAUGAAGUAUUGUGUAGUGUGUUGUGAUUGUGUAAUGGCAGCAGUUGACAAUUUAGUUUGGUUAAUAAAGAUAAUUUAUUCUAAGAAUAUAUGGUUUGUGUAGUUAAUAUAAUAACCCCUAGACGAACAAAGCUAACGAAUCUUAGUAAGAACCGGUUUGUAAUAGUAAUGAUAGAAAUAGUGAGAUAGGGGUAUGUUGAAUUUAGAAGUUGAGUAAUUCAAUUUAAGAUACUGUGUAAAGGUCAAGGUCAUUAUCAACUUACUUAAUAUGCAAACUAAUUCUGUUUCAUACAUUAUAUUCUUUAUCCAUUGCACUUUCAGAAAAUGUACACAUGUAAUGGUCUCUGAAUUCAAUUUUUAAAGGAUUUUUUUAUUUUGGACAAACAUAGAAAUGCUAAAAAUGGCUUGACCGUUUGGAGAAAAUUCAAUUAUAUUUAUAUUAUAUGGUUAAAUUUGAGGUUUGACCUUUAUAAAAACUGCAGUGCCUAACCUGUAUUGUAAAUUUAGAAAACACAUUUUUACAAUUUUUUUUUGUUAAACACACUUUUAAAAUUAAACCACGGACUUUUUUUUAAUUGUUAUUAAUAAGUGUUUUAAAAUUUUAUUUUUAUAUAAGUAACAUUUUUAAUAAUAUGUAUUAAAGAUACAGUUAUUAACAAAUCCUUCGGGGGCAAAAACAUAUCAGGAACAGAUUACAUAAAAUCUCACCAUUACAUUAUUUUUCCCCAGAAUGAAUUGGUUGCAUUUAAUUAGAAUUGACCAUAGAUGACCAUAUUGACCAUAAACGUUAUAUUCCAUUGUCUGGCCAACAACAGUUAGUUUAUUAAUUUAAUAAUUGUAAAAUUGUUUGAACAUUAGAAACUGGUUAACUUAUAAAUUGCUUCUAAUGAUAAAUUUAAUCCGAUGUCCAGGAAUACUUUAACUACGUGAGGGGUGUGAAGAUUGCUUGGAUUGGGGAUGGGAACAACAUUCUUCACUCUCUGAUGUAUGGCUGUGCUAAAUUAGGGAUUGACCUAAAUAUUGCUACACCAGCAGUAAGUGUGCUGUAUCUCAAUAGACCUUAACAUGCCAUUAUAUAUUGCUAGGUUUUAAUUGUGUCCACCACCAUGCCCAGAAACAACAUGUGCAGGAAAUGUUUUAUGAAAAUGUAAUUCACUACUAUCACUUUUUCACCAAAAAAAUGUGAAAAAUGGAUCAGUGCUAUUUAAAUGUAUAUUCUAAGAGACUCUCAAUGCUCACAAGUCCUGUGUGUCUCUUGUUAGUGAGGAGAAAAUUCAUAAAAUUAAGAAUAAAAUUUAAAUUAAUUAAAAUAAUAUCCUUGAAAUAUUUUAAGCCACAGUCACUGCUGUAGAACAGUAAGAAACAAAAAAUAAUGAACUAUGAAAGAUUUAAUAAUGAUUUUACACCCCAGUGAAGUGUUUGUGAUUUAUUCAUUUUAAAAUAACAGACAAAGCUUGUAGUUAAAGCAGAAUAUACAUUUUUUAUUGUUUUAGGGGAAAAGUAUGUUGAUUAACUCUCAUUUUCACAGCAGCUUAAUAUUUGUAGUUUUUGUACUGUUAAAAAGAAAAAAUUCCACAUGCCAGGACUUAAGUAUAUUUAAACCAUCAGUCAAUAGAAGUAGGAUAAGGCCAUGUAGAAUAAGUAUAUUUUAGAAACUGAACACUUGCAGACAAUGUAAAGGUACAAUACACUCAAAAUUUGUAUGCACUUAUAUCCUUCAGGGAUAUGAACCCAACCCAGAAAUAACAACAGAGGCCAUGAAUAUAGCUGGAAAGGUAACGAGCGUCUGUUUAAUUUCUUUCAGCUUAAUUGUAUUUUGUUUUUCUGGGCUUUAUUUUUUUAAAAUAACUUUGUUUAAAGCUAUAUGAAAUCUUCUGAUUUUAGUGAUUUACAAAGAGUGCUCAUCCUCAGAUUAUAUUAAGUACAUACUAAUUAAUGGAGGGAGAGAGUUUAGUCACAUUAGAAGAAGAUCAGAAUUUUCUGGAAAUUAAGAAAAAAAUUGUAUAAAUCUUCAUUGACUUAAAUGUAAACUAUUUUCUUCUAUAUAGCUGGAGUUAACUGAAUAUCAACAAAUAUCUUAAAAGAUAAAAAAAAAUGCAUCAUUUGAAAAUUGAACACAAAAAAGAAAAUUAAGAUAGAUAGACUGAUCAAUCAGAAUGCCAAUAUCUAAGAUUACUUACCAGUCACUUGCAAGAUUCCCCAGUCCCAGUGAAACAGAAAGAGACCAACCAGAUUUCACCGGGCAGAUAAAUUUGGACAAAGAGGUUGUAAGAAUUGGAAAUUAGUAGGACUAACAGGAGCGUCUCAGGCUAGGAAAAAUCUGCUAUUGAAUGUCAACUGGUCUAUGUCCCUUUAAAUAACAAUAAACCCAUUUUUUAUUUCAGAGUGGGGCAUCCUUUAAUAUUGGUCAUGAUCCUGUAAAAGCAGCAUACAGGGCUGAUGCCAUUAUCACAGAUACAUGGGUCAGCAUGGGACAGGAGGAGGAGAAACAGAAGAGGCUCAAAGACUUUUCUGGAUUUCAGAUUAAUAGGAAGGUAAAAUGUUAAGUGCUUACUGUAAUGAAAUACAAUUGAUCAUUUGUCCAAGCUCUAAAUAAUGUUCACAAUUGCUCUACCAUAAGAAUAAUCAAAAUAAAUGAAGAAAAAAGGGCUUAAUGAGAAACAAUUAUUGAAAUUAUAUGAUUGGUAACAUAGAUGCCACCAAGCAAUCAAUGAUCAACUCAUGUAUUGCUGAUUUUAAAUCCUACAUUCACUAAACGUAAUUUUUAAUGGACAAAUGUGCCUAAAUAAGCUUAAUUUUUAACAAUACUAAUUGGAACAUCAUAUGUUAACAUAGGUUCCUAUCAAUGUUGCCAUCUUGAAAUUGUGCCUCAAAAAAUUAAUAACCAAGAAAAACCAUGUAUAAAUAAUUGACUGCUCCAUUUAACUUAUUUAACAUGUAUGCGAAUGAAAUAUUAUCUUUUUUUUUUUGUGUUAAAAGGAAUUAAACAUUGUCAUGAAUUUUCUAUUAGAUGUUAAAAGAAGCUGGAGGCAGUUGGGUUUUUCUCCAUUGUCUCCCACGCAAGCAGGAAGAAGUGACUGAUGAUAUAUUUUAUGGAGAAGAGUCACUUGUUUGGGCAGAAGCAGAAAACAGAAUGUGGACUGUAAUGGUAAGUCUUGUUCCAUAUUUUAAUUUUUAUCUGACCCUAGUGAGUUUCUUUACAUGUACAGUAUAAUAAACUGUUAUAAAUUGUUUCUAUGACUAUAUUUAAAAUAAAUUCUCUUUUUAAGCGACAUUCUUUCAAUCCUUUUUAUUUUCAGAAUAAUUUAUCCAUAUUUGUAUUUAUAGAGAGCCAUUAAAUGCUAAAAAAAAUUUUUUUAUUGUAAAAACAAAGUAUAUGAUAGCAUUUCAUUAUCAUCACAGAAUGUAAGGGCACUACACUGAGUGAAGUACAAUAUAAAGUAUUUUGUGUUUUAUAUCUUUUAAAAAGUUAUCUUUUGUUAGUUAAAUCAUUGUGCGCUAACAAAAAUUUUUAUGAAUUUUUGCAGGCUGUGAUGCUGCACCAGCUUAUGCCAUACACGCCUACAAUUCCCAUGCCAAAGUAUGUUAGAGGAUAAGGCAACUUUUUAUUAAGCCAUGAAUCUUAAUUGGACUCAGAUCUGUUUUUGACAGGGUUUUUUAAAAAAUCUUUCAUUUCAGUCCCAGAUUUGAAAACAAUUUAAUGGCAUUAAAAUUCCAAAUUACUAAUAUUACUAAUUAUCAUUGGUGUUUUCAUCAUUUUUAUAAAAUUUAGAUCAUUAAACUUACUUUAUUAUUUUUUUUGUUACUGGAAUGUUUGUUUGAUAAAUAUGAACCACUGUGGCUGUGGUUGGUUAACAAAAAAAGCCUGGCAUUGCCAGUAUAAUUAGAUAUUAAUGUUGAGGUUUAGACCAGAGCAGAAAUAAUUUGACUGUGCCAAUUGAAGUAAAAACCUGGGAUGACGUGUGUCAUUUUGAUUUGUUCCUUUUUUUAUUAUGUCAAAUAACAAUAAGUUCUUUGGGCCUCAAGUAACAUUUACUUUCUGUGUCUGUUAAAAAAACAAUUAUUGGACACAGUAAAUAAAUAUAAAAAGAAAGCACCUGUUGCUAUCCCAGGCUAAAUCAAUACUAUUUACAAUUACUAAUUGUGCAUUUUUUUGCUACUGCUUUUUACUGAUUUUUAUUUUACCUUUUUGUGAGGGUAAAUUGUUUAUUUUACCUGCUUGUGUGGUACAAUUACUAAGUUGCAUUAUUUCUUUUCAUUUUAUAUGCAAAUUCAAAAUGGAUGUGUUCAUUCUGAAAAAUUAAAUAAAAAAUUGUUAAAUAAUUAAAAUAAUUGUUUUCAUUUUUACAAUAUGUACAUGACAAGUCAUUAAACUCAUGUAUGUUGUUUAGUCCAAACUUAAAUCUUAUAAGCAAGUGAUGUCCACUAAACAAUGGCUUACCCUGCCAUUUAAAAGUUGCUGCAUACCACACUUUUAAAUUUAAACAAAAUUAUUAUUAUAAAUUAUUCAAUGAACAAAAGAAACAUAUAUAUAUAUAUUUCUCUUAGCCACAAUGAUGUAAACAUACGUUAAUAAGCUCACAUCAUUUCAUCAUAUAGCUUUGUACUUAUGCUGACUUGAUAAAGGCCAAUGCCUGUGGAUAUUU